AUGGAAUCCGAUGAAUCGUAUAUAGAUAAUCUGAUUCCAGCAGGAAUGACUGCUAGUACCAAGAAAGAUAAUGAUGGUAUAGUCCAACCGGGACUCACAAUCACGAAAGACAGUCCUACAGUUUCAAUAAACUUGGAUAAUACAAUUGUAUCUCAACGAUUGACUCCAUCCAGUUCUUCUUCUGAUGUUUUAGAGGAAGGCUCUUCUUUUAUGGGGUCUAUGCAUAUGAACCCGAGACAGUUCUCAACUGAUAAUGGUAUGAACAUUAUAACCAACGAUAUUACAGGCGAAAAUGAAAAUGAUAUUGAUGACCAAUCAGAUCUCGUAGACCAACUGGCUCAAAGCCUGUAUUCGUAUGCUGCUACAACACGAAAUUACCCAAAACCAAUUAUAAGUAACGAAGUGCCAAAUGUAUUUCAAGAAACGCAAGAUAGUGAUGAAUUGAACAAACAAGACAAAAAUUUCUUCAUACUUUCAUCUGCUGGCAAGCCAAUUUUUUCUAUGAAUGGUGAAGAUAAUCAAAUUACUUCUUACAUGGGUAUAAUCCACACAAUAGUGAACUAUUUCCAAUUAAACAAUCCUAAUAAUGAAAUUAAAACUAUAAUUUUACCCCCAAAAAAUCAAAAAUUUGUAUUUUUAAACAAAAAUCCAAUAGUUCUCAUGGUUACAUCUACUAGAGGAGAAAGUGUAAAUGAGCUGGCUUCACAACUAGACUUCCUCUACUCGUAUAUUUUAUCGUCGCUGAGCGAAAGACAACUAUCAAGACUAUUUGGUAAAAGAUCAAAUACAGAUUUACGUAACUUUUUGGAGGUCACAGAUUUUGAAAAUCUGGACAGGUUAUGCCAAGUAAUUACCUAUGAAUUUUAUCCCGAACUCAUACUCAAUUCUUUGCAAUGUAUGAUGGUGUCGAAGACUCUAAGAAAUAAACUUCAUGAAAUUAUGAGUACACAACUGGUAAAAGAGUCUAAAUUUUUACCUAGAGGAACAUUGCUCUAUGGUAUGAUUGUAUCUGCCUCUCUGAAUAGGUUAAUUUCCCUCAUCAGACCGAAGGGUCACUCACUACAUACAACAGAUCUUCAAUUGCUCUUUAGUUUGAUACAAAAUCAAUUCAGUAAUAUGAACGAAAAUCAAGAAUUAUGGGUACCAAUAUGCUUCCCCAAAUUCAAUGCAAACGGCUUUCUUUACAGUUAUAUCAAAUUUUUACCUUGUAAAAAUUAUGAACAUAAUAAAAACGUGUUAAUACUAAUAAGCGGACAGAAAGACUCAUUUUUUAAAUUAAAAUUAUUUGCUGAUAAAUUAUGGAAUAAAAUUGUGGAUGAAAAUCUGAAAAGUAAAAUAUUUGAUAUUGGUCAAGGUUAUAAAGUUACCGAUGUACCAGCUCCCCUAGUACAUCAUUUUAUUUACAAAGCUAAAAAAUAUGUGCAAUUUACAAUGCCAGAUUUGGAAUACCAUCAAUCCGAGGAAGAUUCUGAUGGAAAUCCGUCUUUUCAGAACGCAAAGUUUGAAUAUGCCAAAAAACUAAGAACUUAUUAUCAACAGUUACAUGAUUGCAUAACUUCAGAGGGUGGUCGUCAACUAAAUAAAUCAAUUUUGAAUUUUAUACGAUGGGAAUUGAAGUCAAAUGUAGGAGCUACUGCUUCAUUUCAAAAAGAAGAUGUUAAUUUAAUGGGAUUAGUUUGGGUUACUAAAAACUUUGAGCUGUAUUUAAUCUGUAAUAAUGGUAUCACAGACAAGAACAUUAUUUUUAAGAGUGCUAGAAAAAUUGUGUCGUGGUGUAAGAAAAACGAAUCAAAACUGUUCAUACAGGAUGGAGCAGUUUUCUAG